AUGACGCUGGAGCUGUACCCCGCGUCGGCGCACGACGCCUUCCACGGCACCGCGCUCCAGUACCCGCACCACAUCGACGAGGCCGUGCAGCAGAUCCACGGGGCCUGCCAGGGCCUCGGCACGGACGAAAAGACGCUCAUCUCGGUGCUGGGCAGCAAGUCGCCCGAGACGCGCAACCUCAUCGCGCUGCGCUACAAGGAGCUGUACCGCCAGCCGCUCAAGAGUCUGCUCAAGAGCGAGACGUCGGGCGACUUCGGCCGCCUGCUGCGCAUGAUCUCCACGCCGCUGCCCGAGACGGAGGCGCAGAUCCUGCGCGACGCGACCAAGGGAAUGGGCAGCACCGAGAGCCUCAUCGUGCAGAUCCUGUCGGGGCGGUCCAACGAGGAGAUGAACAUCCUCAAGCGGACCUACUUCGACCUGGUGGGCAAGGAUCUGGCCGUCACGCUCAACUCGGAGCUCAGCGGCGACUUCCGCAAGGUUGUCAUGGCCGUUCUGCAGUCCUCUCAAGUGCCGUACAACCCAGCCGUGCACAAUGCGGCCAAAGCGGAAGAGGAAGCUAUCGCGCUGUACAAAGCCGGCCAAGGCCGACUGGGCACCAAUGAAGAGGUGUUCAUUGGGAUCCUGGUCAAGGCCCCGCCAGAGUUUCUCAAGAUGAUGGACGCGGUGUAUGUCGCCAAGUAUAACAACAACAUUGCCAAGGCCGUGGAUAAGGAGUUUAGCGGUGAUGCCAAGAAGAGUCUCAACUACCUCGUCCGAUCUACCAUCGACCCGUACCCCGCGAUUGCGGAGGUGUUCGAGAAGACCAUGAAAGGCUUCGGAACGGAUGAGACGGGGCUGAGCACGGCGCUUGUGCGCUAUCAAUCCGUGUUGCCUCACGUCAAGGCUGCGUACAAAAAGCUGUACCACGAGGAACUACGGGAUCGCAUCAGUGGCGAGACAAGCGGCGACUACAAACGACUUUUGCUGGAGGUGUUUGACGCACCCCAAGAUUCACCGCGGUCCAAGGUUGUGGGGUCGAGUGGAGCCGCAUCUUCUAGUGGGAUCAGUACAGCCGCUGGCGCCAGUUCCCCGGCAUAUCUGUCGACCCAGACUUCCAUCAACCACAGCAAGCACAAUCGGGUUACCCUGGACAACCGCAGCAACAGGGAUACCCGCAGCCUGGAUACCCAGGACAACAGCAGCAGCAGCAGCCCGGAUACCCUGGCCAACAACAACAGCCCGGUUAUCCUGGACAACAACAACAGCUAG